AUGAUACUGACUUCUUUAUCUGCUCAUAUUAAAGGCGAUAGUCGUCGACAAGAGAAAGGACCAGCGACAGUACAAGUAUCUAUACCUAAAGAUUUAGCAGGUUCUAUAAUUGGGAAAGGAGGUACCCGCAUUCGUGAUGUCAGAGAAAGGAGCGGAGCUAUGAUUAAGAUUGAUGAUGCCAGACCUGGUGAAGAUUAUCGGGUAAUCACUAUUUCUGGCGGUAAAGAUCAGAUUGAUGAAGCUCAUGGUUUGUUACAAGAUUGUGUUAGGCAAUAUUCCGGGAAACAAUUUUGA